AGCAAUGUUUGUCAGUGAACUGUCAACUGAACUUGACUGAACUUUUCCGGUGAUCGUACUUGUAUAAGUGAUUUUAUUAUUUAUCUUACGUUGUAUCAAGUCUGUGAUUUACCUAUAGAAUGUUGUAAAUAAUAAUUUUUUGAACUAUUCAAUCAACAGCAGCAUAUAUUAUUGCACGUGGACCAUGCAGAGAUCAACGGAACAACUGACCCACUGCAGCACAACAACGCUGGAAGAGAUCCUGGAUAAUCCGGACGGGGAAAUAACCGGUACCGUUUCCGAAAAGAUCAUGAGUAUCUGCAAAAAUACCAUACGCUGGGUGCUCGUUUUGGAUAUUUUCCUCGCACUAACAGUUAUAGUACUAUUAACGAUAUUAGAAUUCGGAACGGUUCCGCAACAGCGGAUCGGCUUCUACUGCAAUGACCCGAAGAUUUCUUUCAAGUUCAUGGGCGAUACCAUUUCCAUCGCGUCACUCUUUGUUGGAAGUCUUCUAGUCCCAAUUCUGGUGAUGUGGAUAGCAGAAUACAUGUGUCAUUCGGCAGAUAGCUACGACAUAGCUUUAGGAUGCGCUGGUUCGAGAAUGAAACAAAUAUGGUUGUGGUAUGGACAGUAUAUGAUCGGAGUAGUUACGUUGAUGUUUACGUGCGAUGUCAUGAAAACUCUGGUCGGUGAACCAAGACCGCAUUUUUUGGACACGUGUAAGCCACGCGAGGCCGAGAAUUGUACUGACCAGUACGUGGAAACGUAUACAUGUACAAAUACAAUAGACUCGUUCUGGUUCGUCUCUGACUCUAGUAAGUCAUUUCCGUCGGGACAUUCUGCUCUUUCCAUGUUCACAACUGUUUUCUUGGUGUGGUACUUACAAAAUCGUCUGUCAAAUAGGACGUUUUUCUUAAAACCGUGGCUACAAUGCCUGAUAUGCAUGUGGGCUGUGAUAUGCUCAUUGACCAGGAUUGGCGACAACAGACAUCACUGGUGGGAUGUCUUGGCAGGGGAUAUUUUCGGCUUAGCCUUUGGCAUAUUAACUGUAGUAGUGUCAUGUCGUGCCUUUCGUUUAAAUCGCGUUAACUCACACAUCUACAACGAGUCUAUAGAGAAUGGACAACUUAAUUUUAAUGGCAAAAGGCAUCAAAACGUCAAAAAGCUUCUACACGAAACGACAGUGGACUUGUCAGAAGGUCGUGAAUUAAAAAAUGCUUCAUCAAACUGGAAAGAAUGA